UGUAGCGGUUGAUGGAUUGCUUUCACAGGAGGAUAAAAGUCCGGGCUCAAAGCACACAGUUCAGACCUCAGCUUCUCACACUCCUCAAGCGAUGUCCACACACAGCAAAACCGUAGCUUCUCUGAUCGGGAUCAUUGCCAUCUUGUCCCUAAUGAAACCGGACUGGGUGGCCGGACAACAAGAUGAACGGAGAAUUAAACUGUGUGUCACAUCGCGGCAGAGUAUGCAAGACCUCUCUCAUCAAAAUCUGACCACUGUUCCCUUAAAUCUUCCCAACGACACGCAGUAUUUGGACAUUUCUUACAACUCCAUCCAAAGACUGAGCGGAGCGUCGUUCUCUGGACUGUCCCGGCUCUGUUGUCUGAAGGUGACUCACUGUGGCCUGCAGGACAUCUCUCCCAGUGUGUUCACUCACACACCAGCACUCAAAGUUCUAAAUAUAUCUUAUAAUGAAUUAGCUUUCAUCCCUGACAUUUCAUUGAAACAGCUGGAAGUCCUUGAUUUGUCCAACAAUCUGUACAGCAGCUAUGGUAUUCCAGAGUCAUUUCAGAAGCUGACAAAACUGGACGUGCUGUCAUUGGGCAGCACAGCUGCUCCGUCAGUCAGCUUCAAUGACUUUGAUCCAUUGGCAAACAUUCCUCUGCAUCAUCUGGUUUUGGGAGCAGGAAUUGCCUGGCAAAAGUAUGACUCCGGAGCUCUUGCAAAACUGAAGUCUCUUCAAACUUUUUCACUCUUUGCAUCUUUCUGUGGUGGUUCCAGGAUGUUUGAGAACGUACUGGUGGACUUGAAUGUGACGAGAGCAACAUCGUUGAGAUUCAUCACUCCAUUUCCAGACAACUGCAGCGUGACCGGCAAAAUGUUUAACAACCUGAGAACAAUGCCAUUCAUACGGAAUCUCAGCAUAGAAAACACGUGGAUAAACAGCUCUUUUCUGGAGGGGUUUGUGAAGAAUGUGUGGCUCUCCCACAUUCAUGACCUCUCAUUUGUCAAUAUCACUUAUAAUGAAGAUACACCAGAAGGAUUUCAGUUUCGCACCCUUAAUGUCACAGUUAAUAUUUGCUCAGUUACCUUCAACGGUGUGCAUCAUUAUCAAUACAGAUACCCCACAGUCAACAUAAGCUUAGAGGUCAUCUCAACUCUGACCUAUUUAAAGUUCUCCAGGAGCGGAAUGAACAUUAUACCCUGCAAACUCUUCUCUGUCCUGCCGUCGCUGGAGACGCUGGAUCUGUCAGAUAACCUCUUAACGGACGCAGGCUUCUGGUGGUUCCAGUGUUCGCACACCUCUGUCUUCCCCAAACUCAGGAGACUGUCCUUAAGCAAGAAUCGCUUCAGCAGUCUUUCUUUUAUCUCUGAGCAGACACAUCAGAUGAAGACAUUAGAGUCUCUGGAUCUCAGCUUCAACUCCAUCUUCUUGGACCAGGACUGCUCUUGGCCUGCUCAGCUGACCAAACUCAGACUGAGUAACAACAACCUGGGCAACAGUGUCUUUAAAUACCUGUCCGUACACUUUGAGAAGAUCGACUUGUCAAAGACGGGAAUAACAGUCAUAACGCAGGAGGAUCUGUCUCGCUUUCCCAAGCUGACCCACCUCCAACUCAGCUUCAACAGCAUCCAGGUGCUCCCUGUAGAUCUCAGCGCCCCGGCACUGCUCAGUCUCUACAUAGACCAGAAUUCUAUCACAUCUGUAUCCAGGGAGGUCUUAGCAGGACUUCCCCGACUUCAGACCCUCAAAGCUGGAAACAAUCCAUUUGUCUGCUCCUGUGACUCUCAUUGGUUUGUCAUGACUCUGAACAAGUCCUUGCUCCUGGACUGGCCCUUGGAUUAUACAUGCAGCACGCCGCCAUCUUUUGCAGGCCUGCCACUCUCAGAGUACAAAACCAGUGAACUCUCAUGUGAGAUGUGGCUUCAAGCUGCAGUUGCUGUUCCUGUAAUAAUAACGAUAUCUGCAGCCUUAGGUCUGCUUUUCUAUAAGUGCGACGGAGUGUGGUAUACGAAGAUGUUAUGGGUGUGGAUCAGGGUGAGGAGGAGAAGCAGGAACCGCUCCCACAAGUUGAAGAAUCUAUCCUGUAGUUAUCAUGCAUUCAUCUCCUACAGUCAUCAGGACUCUAGCUGGGUGAGCAACCAGCUGGUGCCCUCUCUGGAAGGUGCCAGGUUUUCACUCUGCGUUCACGAGCGUGACUUCGUCCCUGGUGAGUGGAUCAUAGACAACAUCAUCAACUGUGUGGAGUCCAGCUACAAGACGCUGUUUGUCCUCUCCAAACACUUCGUCCAGAGCGAAUGGUGCAACUACGAGCUCUUCUUUGCCCAGCACAGAGCCAUCAGUGUCCAGCAGGACUCUUUAGUCUUUAUAUUACUGGAGCCCAUUCCGACUGACUCUCUGCCCAAAAAGUUCCUGAGACUUAGAAGUUUGCUGAGGCAGCAGACGUACCUGGAGUGGCCGAAGGAUGAACGGAAGCAGCAGGUUUUCUGGGCAAGUCUUAAAUCUAUGCUGCACAUGGCUGACAAAUCGAUUGUUGUGAAGGAUGUGGCUCUGGCCCUUUCAGAUACAGCACGUCUAGUUACAGACCAAGUGUAAGAGCUCAGUGGAUAUCUUCUCUUUUUUUUUUUUUAUCUAUCUAAAAAAAACACCCACAUAUGGACUCAAACAGUUUCUGGUAGCUGUAAUUGUUACUCUUGUUUAUAUUGGCCCUGAUGACAUUUCUUCCUGUGCAAAAAAAAAAUCACUCCAAAGUUCAGCUGAGGCUAAUACAAGGCUUCAACAGUCUAAUAACAACAAUUCAUCUUUUUAGCGUGAAAAUGCCUAUUUGUUCUUUCCUUGCUGAGCUGUGGCACACACACCACACGCACACACGCACACGCACACACACACACACACACACGCACACACACGCACACACACAGAUACACAGACACAGUUUGUUUGUGUAGCCACUUCUGUACUUUGUAUUUUUUUAAUAAUGUUUUUGAGCAGCUGUUCUUGUAUUCUAUCCUAUUUAUUAUUUCU